UUUUCCCAUAAGCCAAUAGCCCUGACCCCAAAGCUCUUCCUCUACGGCUCUCCCUCUCUCUCUCUCUCUCUCUCUCCUUCCUCUUUCGCUUUCUCUCUCUCAUCUAAUUUCUAUCUCGUGUCAUGUCAUGCAGCAACUAGCAAAGCAUAGUAUAGCACCCCAACAUAAAAAGGCUUUUAACCCAACCCCUCUCUCACACUCACACCUCGCGACAUUUGUUUCUCUUGGCCAGCUCAUUUUCUCUCUCUAAAACAAAUACCUUCUCCAGAUGUCUAUCCAGUGACACUUUCAACGUUUUCUCCACCAGAUCUCUAAGAGGCGAUGCGGGUUUUCAUCAAAGACUCCCUUUUUCUCUUAUUUUAAAACCUUUGUGGUUUUCUGGGUUUUUCUUCUGAUACGAUACCCAUAAACCAAAAUCGUAUCUUUUCUGUUCUUUUAGAUUUUCUUUGGCUGAAAGAUCUCUCUGUUGGGUUUUACUCUUUUUUCGCGUUUUCCGAUAACGGAGAGGGAGAUGGCGAAUGGUAUAGAGAGAGAGAUAUUGUUUAGCGAUGAAGAGUUGAGAGAGAUGAGUGGCGUCAAGAGAGGUGGGGAUUACAUAGAGGUGACGUGUGGGUGUACCAGCCAUAGAUAUGGUGAUGCUGUUGGUAGGCUUAGGGUUUUUAUCAAUGGUGACCUUGAAAUUACCUGUGAAUGCACUCCUGGUUGCAAUGAAGACAAGCUCACUCCAGCUGCAUUUGAGAAGCAUUCUGGAAGAGAGACAGCAAGAAAAUGGAAGAACAAUGUAUGGGUCAUAGUUAAUGGGGAGAAGGUACCUUUGACAAAGACUGUAUUACUCAAGUACUACAACCAAGUGUCAAAAAGUGCCAAUGGUUCCCACAGAUCUCAGAAUGGACGAGUUUCUCAUCGUGAUGAGUUUGUUCGCUGUAACAAGUGUAAUAAGGAACGGAGGUUCCGACUGCGGACCAAAGAAGAGUGUCGCAUUCACCAUGAUGCUUUGGCUGAUCCAAACUGGAAAUGUGCUGAUCUGCCAUUUGACAAAAUAACAUGUGAUGAUGAUGAAGAACGGGCAAGUCGAAGAGUAUACCGAGGCUGCACCCGCUCCCCUACAUGCAAGGGCUGCACUUCCUGUGUUUGCUUUGGGUGUGAAAUCUGUCGUUUCUCGGAUUGCAGCUGCCAGACUUGCAUUGACUUUACAAGGAAUGCAAAAGCUUAAGUCCAACUAUGCUUUUACUCCUAAAUAUUACCAUCAUUUUGUGGUCCUUUUAUGGCCAUCAUUACUUCCAUCCAUUUAAUCCCCAGCCCCAAAUUCAGUGACAUUCUCUCAUGUUGAACUUUGAAAAUUCCAGUCUCUGGGCUCAGCAUUGUUUCUCAUUGGCUGUUAUAACAUUUGAAAUCAGUUAUUUAUCCCUUCAUUUGUUUUGCAUGUAUAUAUUCUAUUCCUCUAAUAUUUUUUUA